AGGCAGAUUGAGCAAUCCAUGGAAGGCCAGAGCCAGAGAACCUACUUCAGGGUAGCAAAAGAUGCAGAAGAGAGAAAGUCAGGAGAGCGCUCCUGGGGGAGCCCAGCCCUGCCAUGCUCUGAGGGCAGCCUCCCAGGACACAGAUGACAGGAAAUGACCCACCCCUGUGGUCACUUACUCCAAAGGCCUAGACCUUCAAAGUGCUCCUUGUGGAAUGGAUGAGUCUGCAAAGACCCUGCCACCACCGCGCCUCUGUUUUUGCUCCGAGAAAGGAGAAGAUAUGAAAGUGGGAUAUGAUCCCAUCACUCCGCAGAAGGAGGAGGGUGCCUGGGUUGGGAUCUGCAGGGAUGGAAGGCUGCUGGCUGCUACCCUCCUGCUGGCCCUGUUGUCCAGCAGUUUCACAGCGAUGUCCUUGUACCAGUUGGCUGCCUUGCAAGCAGACCUGAUGAGCCUGCGCAUGGAGCUGCAGAGCUACCGAGGUUCAGCAACACCAGCCGCCCCGGGUGCUCCAGAGUUGACUGCUGGAGUCAAACUCCUGACACCGGCAGCUCCUCAACCCCACAACUCCAGCCGCGGCCACAGGAACAGACGCGCUUUCCAGGGACCAGAGGAAACAGAACAAGAUGUAGACCUCUCAGCUCCUCCUGCACCAUGCCUGCCUGGGUGCCGCCAUUCUCAACAUGAUGAUAAUGGAAUGAACCUCAGAAACAUCAUUCAAGACUGUCUGCAGCUGAUUGCAGACAGCGACACGCCGACUAUACGAAAAGGAACUUACACAUUUGUUCCAUGGCUUCUCAGCUUUAAAAGAGGAAAUGCCUUGGAGGAGAAAGAGAACAAAAUAGUGGUGAGGCAAACAGGCUAUUUCUUCAUCUACAGCCAGGUUCUAUACACGGACCCCAUCUUUGCUAUGGGUCAUGUCAUCCAGAGGAAGAAAGUACACGUCUUUGGGGACGAGCUGAGCCUGGUGACCCUGUUCCGAUGUAUUCAGAAUAUGCCCAAAACACUGCCCAACAAUUCCUGCUACUCGGCCGGCAUCGCGAGGCUGGAAGAAGGAGAUGAGAUUCAGCUUGCAAUACCUCGGGAGAAUGCCCAGAUUUCACGCAACGGAGACGACACCUUCUUUGGUGCCCUAAAACUGCUGUAACUCACGUGCGCUGGAGUGCAUGACCCCCCUUCCCUCGUCUUCUCUGUACCUCCGAGGGAGAAACAGACGACUGGAAAUACUAAAAGAUGGGGAAAGCCGUCACCGAAAGUUUUCUCGUGACCUGUUGAAUCUGAUCCAAAACAGGAAAUAUAACAGACAGCCACAACCAAAGUGUGCCAUGUGAGUUAUGAGAAACGGAGCCCACACUCAGAAAGACAGGAUGAGGGAGGCCGUUUUCUCCAGUCCUUUGCCAACACGCACUGCAACCUUGCUUUUUGCCUUGGGUGAUACAUGUUCAGAAUGCAGGGAGAUUUCCUUGUUUUGUGAUUUGCCAUGAGAAGAGGGCCCACAACUGCAGAUCACUGAAGCAUUCACGCUAAGUCUCAGGAUUUACUCUCCCUUCUCAUGCUAACUACACACACUCCUCUUUUCCAGGUAAUACUAUGGGAUACUAUGGAACGGUUGUUUUUAAAUCUAGAAGUCUUGAACUGGCAAUAGACAAAAAUCCUUAUAAAUUCAAGUGUAAAAUAAACUUAAUUAAAAAGGUUUAAGUGUUAAAUAAUUGGAUAAAAGAGCUGACUGUUGAAGUUUUCUUGAUUUAGG